CACACACAGCUAGCGGAGCAGACAAGCCGCAGACACACACACACACACACACACACAUCCUUCACUGUGUUUUAUUCUGAAACUCCUCUGCAGCCUUUAACAGCUGCUUCACACACCAGGAGGAACCAUAGGGAGCAACUAGCUGUCUGAUUCGAGGUGGAAAAAAGGAGAUGGAGCAAUUUAAAUUCCCCAAGGCAUCAUAAGAGGAUUCAGUGACUAAUGAGUUACUGUACACUGUAGGAGUCACAUUUAAGUGUUUCAUUUCUUUUUCAAAUUCGACCACUGAGGGUGUGUCUGGCUCGCUGCUACUACUACGGCAUGCAGGAUGGGCCAAACGCGCUCGGAUCUCUCGCACAGCACCGCCGCAGGCAGAGCCAAGUGGAAAACAGGAGGAACCACCGAGCGGCUCCGGGUCUGCAGGUUUAGGAGCGAGGAGAAGCGACGAGGCGAGCAGUUGAACAGGAAUCCGAUGAAAAAUAAAGUGUUAUCGUGCCUGGGAAGGAGAAAAAGAGACUCGAGCCAAACAGAAGCGGAUUUGGGGUGCGGAAACGGAGCCGGAGAUCCAGCGACGCGCCGCGACCACAGAGUAGGAAAGUUGCCGAGGGACGAGGUGGUGUCGGCGGCUGAGGAGCACCGAGCAUCCCCGGGGUGUUUUCAGACACCGUCCGGCCUCGAUGGUAGCACCGGAGCGAGCCAACACACCGUGAACCGGGAGGCAGCGGCGGGCUCCUCCGAUGCGUCCCGUUUGGGAACGCGGAGCGGUGAAGACAGCGGAGCGGGCUGCAAGGAGCCGGAACCCGGCAGAGAGGACAAUGCCUCGGAUCCCCCGCAGAGGGCCAUGGAAGACCAGCCGCUGGGGCCAAACCACCGGGACCGUGUUGUGACUGAGACUGGGGGAUUAACGAGUCCAGCCCCGGUGCUCAACUCUGACCCAGACUCGGUCUCCAGCGUGUCCCCGGAUCAACCUUUGGAUAGUGGACUACUGUCGGUCACCAGCGAUCACGCGGAGGAUAAAAUGACUAAAAGUGACGUGAGCACGGCGUCAUGUCGGCCCAAAGCGGCCGGGGAGCAAAACAAUUGUUGUCCGGUUGAAAGCGACUCUGAUCCGGCUCCUAAGGGGCCCCCGGGGGGCCAAAGUUACCCGGGAACCAUCCCCAAACUCAUCAUAACCAGAGACCCCAGCCCGACGCGCAGCCAGGGGACCCCGGCCCUGCUGAGCAGCGGGUCGUGUCUGGACCCUCACCUGGAUGAUGAGUCCCCCUGCUCGGACAGCGGCUGUGGAGGCUCCCCCGCGCUGAUGCGCUCCCCGAGGAAGCUGUCCAACUCCUCCUCCAUCGGCCUGUCCUCCGCCUCGUCCUUCGAGGAGUCCGAGGACGACUUCACCGGGAGCGACAUCGAGUCCAGUCUGUCCCCGGCCCGGUCUCUGUGCAGCCCAGAGGACGGGACAGGGAAUAAGUCGUGGCAGAAAUUGAAGACCAUGGUCCACUGGUCCCCCUUCGUCGUGUCCUUUAAGAAGCGUUACCCAUGGGUGCAGCUAGCUGGCCAUGCAGGUAACUUCCAGGCCGGAGAGUACGGACGCCUGUUGAAGAAGUACUGUGAGUGUGAGCAGCAGAGCCUCCAGCAGCUGAUGAAGGACUCUCUGCAGCCGUACGUGCCUGGUUAUUACGGCGUGGUGCAGAGAGACGAGCAGGACUACAACCUGAUGGACGACCUGCUGGCCGACUUCGACUCGCCCUCCAUCAUGGACUGUAAGAUGGGCAGCCGGACGUACUUGGAGGAGGAGCUGUUAAAAGCCAGAGAGCGUCCACGUUUGCGGAAGGACAUGUAUGAGAAGAUGGUGGCCGUGGACCCCGGGGCCCCCACAGAGCAGGAGAGGGCCCAGCAGGGGGUCCUCAAACCCAGAUACAUGCAGUGGAGGGAGACGCUCAGCUCCACCGCUACACUCGGCUUCCGCAUCGAAGGCAUUAAGAAAGCUGAUGGAACCUGUAACACCAACUUUAAGAAGACCAAGCACAGGGAGCAGGUGAUGCAGGCGCUGGAGGACUUUGUAGAUGGAAACACUCAGAUUCUGAAACUCCACCUGCAGCGGUUGGAGGAGCUUCGAUCAGUUCUGGAGCAGUCGCAGUUUUUCAGGUCACACGAGGUGGUGGGCAGCUCUCUGCUGUUCGUGCACGACGCCUCGGGGAAGGCCCGAGUUUGGAUGAUCGACUUUGGGAAGACGGUCCCCCUGCCGGGCCCUCGGACCCUGGACCACAGGACCCCCUGGGUGGAGGGCAACAGGGAGGACGGCUACCUGUGGGGGCUGGACAACCUGAUAGACAUCUUCAGCAGCAUGCUCCCACAGGCACCCUGAGGAGAUCAGAGAGAAGGAUGAAACAUUUGUCCAGAUGAGAAGAGAAGGAUAGAUUACACAAACUGAGACUCAGAGGAAGGAUCAGAAGAUGGCUUCCGGUUUGAUUCUCAUAACCCACGCCAUCAUUCAAGUGUCUUUAUCCCAUUGUACCUGUGUGAGAAGAAGAAGAGGGGAAAAGCGCAGGAUUGCAAAGUGGAAUAUGCCAAAGCACGACUUCAUGCAUUACGCUGCAUUCAUGGAACCUGGGACAGAUGAGCUGCAAUGAGCUGUAGGAAGAGAAACGAGGAGGACUGAAUGCAGAAACGUCACAUUUGUCUCAUGUGUCUUUUUCUGCAGAGACACAUUUAGCUCCUCUCCCUCCUGAACAGCUCCCUCUGGUGGUUGGAGUUGCACACAGCACUCUCACAACCUGAUCCAGAGGAAUGAAACCUUUUCACGCAGCCUUCGAGGAGCGUCGGUUAACAGGAGUUGGUUUUUUGUCACGGACCACUUUUGAUGUUUAAGUAUGCGGUAACACUAAGACACUGGUCAGACCACGUGUUAACUAACUCAGUGUGUAAAUACAAUUUUAUUUAAUUUUUUUUGGCCUUGAUAUAACCUCCUUACCUUGUUUGUACAAUUUCUGUGCCUAGCGUUUUUAAAGAGCUGUUUGAUCAUUCCAGUAUGGAAGCCCAUUCCCGCCAAUGUGAUUAAAACACGUAAAAUCAUUAUAAUGAGAAACUUUAACCAACUAGUGACUUAGUAUCUCAAGUCAAGUCAUCAAGUUAUGACUUAUAUCUGGAAAUAAAUACAUUUCUUGAAAAAUUGACUUUGUAUUUCAUAAUAAUAAUAGCUAAAUUCUCAAAAUAAUCAGAAAAUCUCUCAAAAAAUGUGUACUUUUUGAGAAGGUUUCUAUUUUAUUUGUGAUACUAACUUUUUGGGGGGGGUGGAAAGUUUCUCAUAAAUACUUACAGGUAUUUUUUUCAUCACAAAGCUAAAUUUUCAUCUUGUCUUUUACUGGUGGAAAUCUGUGAAAAUGUAAUAUAUUCACUUGAGAAAGAAAAAAAAAAAAGCACUGUUUUUCUGAAUUAAAAAGAAUUAUCUCAGGAGAUAAUUAUCUCAGAAUUAGAAGUUUAUCAGAAAAACUAAAGCAGAUUUUUUUUGCUCGAAAAUUCUGCUGUUUUUCUUCCUUUUCUCAUUACUUCAGAAAAACAGACAGAUAUUUUUCCCUGACGUGAAUACAUUACGCUUCUGCAGAAAUGGGCUUCCAUAUUCCAGUGCAGUGGACUCCUGCUAUUUUUCUUCCAAAGAGUUCACCCAAGUGGAAACUGAUUUACAAUAUAAUCCUAAAGUUUGCAGAAAAGUGUUUUCUAAAUUUGGAUUUUUGUAAGAUAAUGCAGUGAAAGUUUUUUUCUCAUUGAACUGUGCAGUCAGCAGCUUGGCGGCCAUGUUUGUCUGGAAUUUGUUGCACUAUGGAUCCUCACAAAGCCAUUGAACAAAUCGAGCUUAAGUCUUAAGAUGGGAGUAAAGCUUUAAGGGUUUACAGAAUCAGACGUUAAGAAGUUUAACAUGAAUUUAAUUUGUUAUCUGUACAGUUUUACAGCAGAGCGGUGAUGUGAAAGGGUGAAAUGAAACUGGAAUUACCUGAUUAAACUGAUAAGUCUGUUUGUGAGGUUUCACUCAUGUAUCAGCUCACACAUGAUCCUCCAACUGGAAGUUUUGUGUCUUAUGAUUCAGCAGAUGACGCAUAAUCGAAUACAAAAAUGCCACUUUGCUGAAAAUGUAAUUUAGCUACACUAAACACGAGGUUUGUGGGUUGAACUUUUGUAUGCAAGAUGGAGAGUUUACAAAGAAACCUUGUUUUAUUUGGAUUUUAAGUCAGUGCUCCGACUAAAUCUGUCUGUAGGCAGACGGUCAGUGAACGCACCAGUCAAGACGCCUUCAGCAGCGUCAGGCAGCAAACUUAUGACUUCAUGAAAUUGGAAUUCAAAUUCAGGAAUUCAAUUUUUCCACUUCCUGAAAAGUAAACAUGCUGGGACAGAGGUUUAGUGUUUACAAAGUAUUAUAUAUUUACCCACAAAUUAUCUAUAUUUGUUUAAAAAAAAAGAGAAAAAAAAGGAAAAAAAGGCAAACUUUCAGGUUUUAAACCCGGGUGCUGCUUUGUAAGCAAGAAAACUGGAUUCAUAACAUUUUGUAUUUUUAAAGGCAGCGUGUUUUAAAGUCGCAAAGCACAGACAGACUGGUGAAAACUGAUAUUAAUUUCUCCCUGCUUUGUCCAGCUCAUGGAUUGCAAUAAACUGGAAAUAAGAGUU